AUGGCCACCAACUUCGACUUUGCCCUCGAUGGUGAUGCAAUGUCGCAAGAAAUCUCAGGGAUUCUUUUAGAGGAUUUCAAUGUAUCGGAAGUUUUCAAUAAUGGUACUGAACGAUCGGAAUUGGAAAAUAGCGCUCUCGAUCCAUCAUCAGCAUCAUCUAUACACUCGUGGCCUUUACCGUCUACCAGUCCCUAUUCAUUCACCCAGCCUUCAUUGCCUUACAAUGGCACACCCAUCGUGCCUUCAAAUACCGCAGCUCAUGCGAAUCCAUCUAUGGUCAAGCCUAUGGUACCUCCAUCGAAGAUUACCGCUGGACUUGCUCCCAAGGAACAUUCCGCAGAAGAGUGGGAGCGCCAGAGAAUAACUUUCACUAAACUCUACAUGACUGAUGACAAGCAUCUCGAGGAGGUGAUGAGAAUUGUGGAAAAUGAAUAUGGAUUCCGUGCAACCCAACUAAUUCGAAACGGCUGGCCACGUCAAUACAAGCGACGAAUUGAACAGUGGAAGCUAGACAAGAAUAUUAAGGAAAAUGACAUGAGAGUCAUUCUACUCAAAGACUUGAAGAGGAAACGCGAAGGAAAGAGCAGCGAAUUCUGCAUUAGUGGCCGGGAAGUUGAACCAAAGAAGAUUCGACGCUUCGCGCAGAGAUAUAAAGUGACCGAGGAGUCAAUCUUUGAGUUUGAUGUUGAAACUCCUUGUUAUAUUGAUUGCGAUACCUCGGCACCGAUAAUUGAGGAUGAAAAAAUACGGCAUCAUAUGGGAGAAGAAGACAAUAUACCAGACUCAACAAUACUAACUUCAACAGUGGUCGAGUCAGACCAGGACCAAGAGAUUCGGAGACUCGAUACUGAGACAAGAUUUCUGAUUCAGUUAAUUCGAAGAUUUGGUGCUGCCGUCCCCAUUGAUUCUACAUUCGACCUCUCUCUCUUCAAGUAUCCUCCUGAUAUAGACAGUCUUACCAACGAAAUGUUUGAAAGAUUUAUCUUCUACGUAAGAUAGAAUACUCGCUAUAUCUAAGACUGUCAACGUUGAUUUUCUUGAUCACUAAUAUUUAUCGUAGAAACUUGACGUAUACCGACAUUUGUUAAUGCGCGAUAAUUUUCUCUCUUGUUGGCUUCCCGCCCCUAAAACAUCCCCAUCGUACCGUUUUGCUCGCUGCAGUUGCUCUUUUACACUGGAGAGGGUACAUCAUAUUUCACGCAGUACCUUUCUAUUCAUAUUGUAUCUUCUCGAAGAGAGGCCCCUUAAGAUUGGGUUUCUAUCCGUCAAUGCAGUGUGUGAGGGUCACAAUUUUGAGAACAUGUUGUGUUCUAGCAUUGUAUCCUACUGGACAGAGAGAUGCUCGGGAAUAAGAUUAUGUCCGCAGUUGUACCUUCCCCUAAAGCCCCUAUGUUUCUCACAUUCUGUGGAGUCCCCGAAUCUCGAUGGUUAUAUGCUUCAAGUGAUGGUUGAAAUGAUAAGAUCUCUUGAUGAGGAAGUUUUUGUCACGAGAAAGUUCUCUUUUGAUGCCUGGGAUAAUUUUGUGAAGAGAACAGAAAGGGAAUUGAAAGAUUUGCAUGAUCUGGAUUGGAUUGAUUUUCUUGGGGAGACUGAAGGCAUAACUAUCGGAUAUUCUGGGAAUACAGCAUACUUGCAUGACGAUGCAAGAGUUGCGUUAUGAUGGCCAUGCUAUCGUUCUCAAAGGAUGAUAAUCUUCGAAUCAUACGGUGUUCAGCGAACAGACAAUUUCGUGCAAAGGAUCUGGAUAUCUAUUGGGACAAAAUUUUCAUCUCUAUGACACACGUAUUACGACAAAAGUUCGUCUGAACACUGAGACAUUCGAACAUAUAUUUUUAAUUUUUCUUGGGGGGGCUACAUAUUCAUGCUCAUGGUAUAUGAAGUUGAAGCAGGGAAUGAAAGUUUUUCGCUCGGUUGACUCGGUCUCAGAGGAAUAAAGGUUGUUUUGGUUUUGUGGCAUCGAGAUUUGGGACUUCAAGGAGGAGUUUUUUGGGGGAGGAUAGACUUGAGAACAUGAUCGGGGUAUCUUUUUUCAUUUGUGGUGUGAGUCGGAACUUCUUAGAGGGUGGAUGGAAAGA